GCCAAACCUCAUCCCCAGUGUCGCGACAACGAGCACUUCACCUCAAUCCCCAGCACCACUCCACCUCACCCAUUACUCCGCCAGCACAACACCGCGCACCAUGAUCCGCCAGGAUGCAAAGCGCAUCGCCUUCAACCGGCGCGCCGAACUCGACCACCGCAAAAAACAGUUCGCCGUCGCUAAAUUUCAGGACCACACCUACCCGCACCGUCUGAACUUCUACAUCCUUCCCCCGACCGCAGAUAUCACGCUCGAGCAGUUCGAACAGUGGGCUAUUGACCGAUUGCGCGUCCUCGCAGAGUUAGAAGCCUGUUCCUUCCGCAACAAAACCCCCGCCGAGACUGCCGCGCACAUGAAGCCACUAAUGGAUAAAUACCUCCCCCUCUCCUCCUCCUCCAGCGCCUCUCCCAACCUUGCCCUCGAGAGGAAAAAAGACCACUACAGCCACUUCAUCCUGCGCCUCGCGUUCGCGUCGACCGAGGACCUGCGGCGGCGCUUCGCGCGGGUCGAGACGGCGCUGUUUCGGCUUCGGUUCCAGAGCGAUGAUGCCAGGGAAAGGGGCGCGUUCGUGGCGGGUCUGAAUCUGGAGUGGGAGGCUGUGGGGGAGGCGGAGAGGAAGGAGUUAUUGCCUGAGCUUGUGGCGGCGGGGCAGGGGAGGAAGGCGAGCGAGAUGGUGGAUGAGGGGUGGUUUAAGGUGGAUUGGAUGAAAGUCCCUGAGCUUGUGGAGAGCAGGAGGGUGUUGCUGAAGGGGGGUUAUGCGUAUGUGCCGGGACGGGAGCAGAUGAGUAUGGUUCUUGCGGAGUUUACUGCGAGGCUUGAUAAGGCGCUUGAGCAAACCUCCCGCGCCCUCCCCCGCCUCGACGAGGACGACCGCCUCUCCCCCAUCCUCGCCCACCUCUCCUCCACCUUCCUCACCCCCGCCUCCACCGCCCCCUCCUCCAUGGUAGCAGGCACCAUAACCGCAGCCUCGAUCCCCUCUCUCCUUCCCAACUUCCCCCUCUGCAUGUCGACCCUCGGCACCACGCUCGCCACCACACACCACCUCAAGCACUACGCGCGUCUGCAGUACACGCUCUUCCUCAAGGGUCUGGGUUUGUCGUUGGCGGACUCGCUACAGUAUUGGCGCAGUGGGUUUAGUGCUGUUACGGAUGAUACGUUUAAUAAGGAGUAUCGGUAUAAUAUCCGGCAUUCGUAUGGUGAUGUGGGGGGUGAUGGGAAUAGACGCGGAGGGGGGUACAGUCCGUUCUCCUGCCAGAAGAUCCUCACCGAGCACCCCCCCGGACCAGGGGAAGCGCACGGAUGUCCAUACCGGCAUUACAGUCUCGAGAAUCUCACCGCGACGCUGCAGCGUACGGGGGUGACGGAUGGGAGCGUGCUGAAGGGGGUGAAGGAUGAUAGGGAGAAGAUGAAGUAUCACAUGGCGUGUAACCGGGUGUUUGAGCAUGUGCAUGCGAGGGAGUUGAAGAGGGCGAAGGAGGAGGGGACGAACUUGGGGCGGGGGGAGACGAUUGUGCAUCCGAAUGAGUAUUUUAGGAGGAGUUUUUUGUUGAAGGGUGGGGGCGUUAAGAAGGAGGGGAGGUCGGAGAUGGAGGUUGAUGGUUAA